UGACAGAUAAAAAUAGGUUAGUCAGACGCCGAAGGCUCGAACAGCGCAGGCGGACGUCGCUUUUGUUGCAAUGUUUGCUUUAUUUUGUUAAAAUACUCACUGUGAAAUCACGCGAAAUAUGUCCCCGGAGAUGUGUGAAAGAUAACUGAUCAAAUCAUGGAAUUCGACAAAUUAUCAGUAUUACCACUCCACCAUUAUCCGGAAUAUCUCAAGCCAUGCUGCGACUUGAUCAACGCGGAAUGGCCUCGCAGCGAAACUGCGCGAAUGAUGUCUCUCCAAGCGUCGCGGGACUCCCUCCCAACCAGUUUUAUUUUAGUUAACGAUAAAUGUGUCAUAGGGCAUUGUAAAUUAACGCCCAUCCCAAGCAUACCCGAAAGCUGUUUCAUAGAAGCCGUAGUUAUAAGUAAAUCACUGCGCGGUAGAAAACUUGGUAGUUUCCUUAUGAAUAAAAUGGAGGAUUACGGAAAAAAUGUUUUGAAAUUAAAAAUGUUGCAUUUGUCCACGAAAGGACAGGAGAAUUUCUACGCCAAAUUAGGAUAUGAAAUAUGCGCCCCAGUUUCCAUUUACGGCACUUGUGUGAAUACUUUAUUAAUAGAAUCUAAGAAUGAUAGUGUUAAGAUUGACUUAUCUGUGCCAAAAAAAGAAAAUAGCGAAUUUCCGCCACCGCCACCUCCCCCACCGAUGCCGACGGCUAAAGACAUUAAUGGCAACACUAAAACGAACUGUAUUAAAAGUAAUAAAACAUUUAUGUUUAAAUAUUUAAAUUAAAGCACUGUGUUUUGGGAAAGUGUUAUAAUGAAAUGAAAUGUCGAUGAAAUAAAAAUAUUUACGUAAAAUA